UGAGCCUGAAAAUAGCCCUGUUGGGAGAACUAGGCUGUUAGCGGACAUACCCCCACAACUGAUAGAGAAAGGGAAUUAAGGUCUAAGUUUCUUAACGACCCAUCCACUCCUGAGGAGCAAAAUUUGACUUUAAGGUAUUUGACCGCUAGCCAAAGCGGCGAUAAGCAGACGCUUAGGGAACUUAGGCACCAGAUUCUGGCUAGGCGUACCCGUAGACAUCCGCCAGCCGAUGCCGUCCCUGGGCUUGAUGUCCCCCCCCCCCUUAGGGAGCAUGCUUGGUUAGAUAGCUUGGCGGAUGCGGGUGUGAGGGUCCCGUCCAACUUUUACGACCGCUUGCAGGAGUCAGUCACUCCUAAUCCUCCUAUUAUUGAUCUAGGUGACGACAGCGAUUCUCCUGAUAGCAUGGCUCGAGGAGACGAUAAGGAGGCUACCUACCAGCGUCGGACUGACGCCUCUGCUUCGAAGGCUCCCAUGGUUGAAGAGGUUUCCCGGACUGAGGAGGAAAAUGAGACGGGGCCUGGGACGGGAGCUCUUUAGCUUCCGGAAGAUGAUUGUAACGGCCCCCUUUCAGUAGAGAUAGAUGAGCCCUGGCGCCGUGAUGCUUUAGAGCUGCACUAUCCUCGAGUGGCUCGGAAUUUGUAUCAUAUGCCGGAUUCUUACCGGCUGGUCGUGCCGUCCGAGGGAUCUGUCGUCACUGACUGCCCUCCCGGCCAUGUGGCUGUCUACACUCACCACUUCGAGUUCGGCCUUCGCUUCCCUUUGGACUCUUUUUUGGUGGAUAUCUUAAAGGCCUUUAACGUCUGUUUGGCUCAGCUGACUCCUCUAGCCAUCCGCAACAUCAUCGCGUACAUCUGGGUGGUACGCUUUCUCGAUUUCCCCCAGACUCUAAAUUUGUUUCGCCAUCUUCAUUGGUUGAAGAAGAACGGGUCUUCCCGUCUGGCUGGAUGGUGGUCCAUCAUGACGGCCGACAAAAAGAUGACGGUCCAACCUAAAAUGACCAGCUUGAAGGGUUGGCAAGAUGCCUUCUUUUGGGUACGGGUACCAGAUGACUUUCCUGUACGCCGUCAUUUUACAGAGCCUGCCCCUCAUAUGGAGCUUCUGCCUCUGAAGCCGCUAACUAAGGAAGAGUUGGUGGCAUAUGAUUACUUUGCAUCAGCCGACUACGACACCACCUAUGAUGACGGGAAGACGGUUAGGACUAAAGAGCCUUCAACCUGGCUUCCCCAUACAAAGUACAUCCUGGGAGAUAGACCUUUGUCGGCUCUCCUUCUAUCUCCGGCUUAUGAAAAUGGCCUUGACCACCUUGACCUUGACGCUCUCGGCGUUGACAGUGAGCAUCGGCCGUUAACACAUUUGCCCGCUCCUCCCUCAUCUGACUACUUAACCAUGCACAGCUCUACCAACGGGCGUCGAGGAGGAAACCGCCACGGCCCUCAGAACCUUCGGAGGAGGGGUCGCGGCGCGUCCACCAGUGUUCGCGUCCCAAUUGCUGCCGCUACUUCAAAUGCCCCUCCAUCCCCUGCUGUUCCUUUGCGGUCCUCUGCCACUCGGACCGUCAAUAGAGGUGCUAUAAACAGGAGGCGCACCAGGGAGCCAACCGUUGAUGACUCUGCUGCCAACAAAAGGCAAGCAACUGAAGAGCCUGGCGCCUCUGCUGCUAAUGAGGUGGUGCAGGUGGAGGAUCUGGACCCGAAUACCUCUGAAGGUAUUCAGGGAGAGGGUGGCCUUGAUGCCGGCCUGGGUAAUGCUGGCGGCACUUCGCUGCUUUCUCGGUCCACCUCCCAACCUUAG